AUGAGUGAUAAAGAGGUAAUCAUUGUUGAAAAUCGAGGGCUAAAUGAUGAUUCGGAUGUUUGGAUCCCAGACAUCAUUGUGGGUAUUGACUUUGGGAUGACCUUUACGGGUGUUGCUUACUCUUCUGCACCAGAAUGGCUUCCCCCAAAAACAAUUCAACGUUGGCCAGGAAAAUUACCUGGAGAGCUGGCCAACAAAGUACCAACUUACAUCGAAUAUGACGAACAGGGCUUGGUGAAAAACUGGGGCUUCCAGUGUGACCAAGAAGACAAAUCCUCCAACAUCAAAGAGUUUUUCAAAUUACACCUUGCGCCUCAGUACCAUGACGAUUAUCCUGGAAGUCCAAGCCGCGGACAAGCCCAGAAAUGGUUCCAAGACUACAUUCAGUGUGUCUAUCGACACGUGAUUUCCCAUUUCAACAACUGCAUCCCUAAUUUUGUUUCGCGUCAUGUUGAGUUUCUGUUCAGCGUGCCAACUACCUGGAAGGAUGUACGGAUGGUGGAAGAAACGAGGAGACUCCUCGAAACAGCAAUCAGCGCCAAAACACCCAUGCACCGUGUUUCCAUAGGCCUCACUGAGGCUGAAGCCGCUGCAGUCUAUGCCGGUAAUGAACAUUAUCAGGCAAGAAUGACACAUACAGAUGAGACAAUUCUGGUCUGCGAUGCAGGUGGAGGGACAACUGAUGUGAAUGUGCUAAAGCUCAUUUCCUCACGAGGAGAGCCAACAAGGCUCGAGCAGCUUGGACAUGUUGAAGGACAACCUAUUGGCUCAGCUUUCAUUGACCGAAAGAUGUACGAUCUAAUACGUGCAAGACUGGACAAGGUUGAAAAUCAUCUAAGUUUUCCACCAAAUGAAACGGCAUGGAAAAUGAUAUCAGGUCGUUUCCAGCGUUUGAAGUGCGCCUUUGGGACAGAAGCCACAGCAACGCCUUGGUUGAAACUUGAUGUUCCGUUAUUAGACGCUACUGGGGAUCAUGUCGAUGCCGGAAUAUAUGAUGGGCAGAUGCAAAUUGCGUGGGAGGAUCUUAAGAUUGCUUUUGACAUCAAGAUUGAUGAAAUGAUUAAGCUUAUGGACGGGCAUAUCCGUCAAAUGCAUUCCAAAUACCCUGGAGACAAUAUUGCAUAUCUUGUCCUAUCGGGAGGCUUCGGGAGCUCCCCGUAUGUACUGCAGCGUCUUGUGGAGAGAUAUAAUGAUUCCAGCUCCCAUGGUCAUCCAAAUGCAGAUGGAAUGCAGAUUCUCGUCGCCGAUGAACCACAGCUGGUAGUAGUUCAUGGUUUGGUCUUGGAUCGAAUCCAGCAGAUUAAACGUGGGGUCCUCACUUUUGGGUCGCGAUGCUCCCCCGUAAGUUACGGGAUUGUCUGUGAUAAGAUCUAUAAUCCCGAAAAGCAUAUCGGACAGGCAGUCAGACUUGACCCACGAGACAAGAAAACUUACGCGGUCGAUCAGAUCGAUUGGCUUGUUAUUCAGGGUGUCUCAAUUCCAUACACAGGGUUGGUUAGGAUGUUCCAAUUGAAGAUGGACCCAGGUCGUGAAAAUGACCCCUGGAAAGUCAGCAUUGUCAUGUCAGCCCUCGCACCUAAUCAACUGCCGUUGAAUUUAGCAGAUAGAGGGGUUCAAAAAGUUUGCGAUCUUGACAUAUCUACCGAAAGCGUGGAUAAAAAGUUGAAAAACAGACACUGGUACAAUACUAAACCCACAUUCUGGAGGACCACUUUUGAUGUGAGGGUAGUGGUCGGGCCUGCUGAUCUUUCCUUUCAGCUCUGGUCGCGUGACAAAAGGAUUAUGAGCACCAAGCAUGAGGCUAUUGCGGUGAAAUGGAUGCCAGCGGGGGAAUUUGAUGAUUAA